AUGUCAUGGCCUGAUCGGCAUGUCAACGAACCCCUAAAGGCGAAGUUUCAGCAGACUUCAGUUUCUGGAAUUUUUGAGCGAGAACGUGUGAUGCCGCUGAACAAUCUUGUAAUAAUGUCCGCCGAUCUUACGUGGCAAAUCAUCCGCAAAAACAGCUGUUUCAUCCGUCGUCAAAAGGGAAUUCAGAAGCACUUUUCUGUCGAACCAUUCAAUCUUCGUGGCUUGAACAGUCGCCGCUUCAAUGGCCUGAUUAGCAAAAAGGCUAUGGACAUUGCACCAGCUAAAGACGGGAAGGGUGUCGUUGUAUCAGUAAAGGUGCCAGAACAAACUUGUCGUUGCUUUUUGGAUUUAUGCACUACUAAAAAGCUCCUGGACUUAUUACAAUGUGUUGUAUUCGCCCCUUCAUCCUUACCCUCCUUUGAACAAAUCUUUUGCAGUAAGGCUGGACGCCCAGCCAAGAGCAUCAACACCAUUUCACUUCGUAAUCGCGACAAGAUGUUGAGGUCCGUCAAGGCUAUCGCCAAGAGCCAGGGUCUAACUCCCUAUUACAAACUCGCUCAAAGGCGCGCCGCCGCUAUUGUCCGCUCCCAGCAGCCCAAGACGAAGAAGCACGCUAAGAAGAUCGAAGCCUAA